UUUCCUUGAUUUAUUCUUUAUCACUGGAUCCACUCAAUUUUUAUCUUUAAUAUUUGCAGUAAUUUUGCAGUUAAUGCUUUUUCUGUAACAAGCGUUUUAGCAACUGUCAGUUUGUUGCUCCUGAGAUAGGGAAUUUAAACUCCUCAUGACCCUGUCCAGAGCCUGAAGUUCUUUGAGCAUCCAUAUCCACCCUUUUUUUCAAGCCUUGCAGUGUGGGCACCCGGAAGUAGAGUCCAGUGUUCAGUUUUAUAUCGGUUUGUGGAAGAAAAAGAAUCACUCAAGGAUGAGUUUUGGCUUUUGCCAUAGGCAGGGGGGCAGCUCCAGGUGAACUGACUUCUUGUUGCUUCUUAAAGGGCUUUUUUUAUUGUUAUACCAUUUACACAUUGGAAGUCAAUUUCCACAUCUUAUCUGAAGCUCUUCAAAGCAGACAAAUGCCAAAGCAAUUUUUAGUCACAGAAUCUUUCAGUUUUCCGAGUUCUUCUACAACCAAGUUUUGCAUAGGCCUUGAUUUAUUGCCAGACUUUCUUUGGACCACCAGCUUCCAAAUAAUGAUAAGAAGACUUCUUAUUAAUUAUGACAGCUUGGACUUAGUUUAGACUUGUUCCCAGCUAGCUCUUAAAACUCAAGUUAAUCCGUUUCUAUUAAUCUAUGUUUUGCUACGUGGCUUGUUACCUUUCCUCCAUACUGUACAUCUGACUUAUGCAUCUUGCUUAGUGAAUCUCCACCUCUGUGAUUCUGUCCUAGAGUUCCUGUCUCUGCCCAGAAGUCCCGCCUGUCCUCUCCUGCCUAACUGUGGGCUAUUCAGCUCUUUAUUAAACAAAUGAGAAGUUGCCCUGGCAGAGACAUGUCUUCACAGCAUUGAAUCUUUUAGGAAGAACUCAGAUAAGAUUUACACACUUCAAACAAAAGAGUGCAGUGACCUAUGAUGAUGUGCAUGUCAACUUCACUCGGGAAGAGUGGGCUUUGCUGGAUACUUCUCAGAAGAAUCUCUACAAAGAUGUGAUGCUGGAGACCUACAGGAACCUCACUGCUGUAGGCUACAGUUUGGGAGACCAUAAUAUUGAAGAAUAUUGUCCAACUUCUAGAAGACAUGAAAGGCAUGAAAGAAAUACUGGAGUGAAACCCGGUGAAUAUACUCAAAGUGAUAAAGCCUUUGCAUAUGAUGGUGGUCUUCAAAGACAUGAAAGAAUUCCUACUGGAGAGAAACGCAAUCAAUGUAGUCAGUGUGGUAAAGCCUUUGCACAUCACAGUUAUCUCCGAAUACAUAAAAGAACACAUACUGGAGAGAAACCCUGCGAGUGUAAGCAAUGUGGUAAAGCCUUUGCACAUCUCAGUAGUCUCCGAAGACAUAAAAUAACACAUACUGGAGAGAAACCCUACAGAUGUAAUCAGUGUGAUAAAGCCUUUUCACAACCCACUAGUCUCCAAAUACAUAUCAGAACACAUACUGGAGAGAAACCGUAUGUAUGUUAUCAAUGUGGUAAAGCCUUUUCACAACACAAUAGUCUCCGAGUUCAUAAAAGAACACACACAGGAGAGAAACCCUACAAAUGUAAUGAAUGUGGUGAAGGCUUUGCACGCCACAGUCACCUUCAAAGGCAUGAAAGACUCCAUACUGGAGAGAAACCCUAUGAAUGUCUUCAACAUGAUGACGCCUAUGCACAUUUCUAUACUCUUCAGCAUCAUGAAAAAAUUCAUACUGGAGAAAAACCUUAUGAAUGCACUCAGUGUGGUAAAACCUUUGCACAUAACAGACAUCUUCGGAUGCAUAAAAGAACACAUUCUGAAGAGAAAGCCUGCAAAUGUAAUCAGUGUGGUAAAGCCUUUGCACAUAAGAGUUAUCUCCGAAUGCAUAAAAGAAUACAUUCUGGAGAGAAACCUUAUGAAUGCAGUGAAUGUGGUAAAACCUUUGCAUAUCAUAGUUAUCUCCGAAUACAUAAAAGAACGCAUACUGGAGAGAAACCCUACGAAUGUAAUCAAUGUGGUAAAGCCUUUGCACGUCACACUAGUCUCCAAAUACAUAAAAAAACACAUACUGGGGAGAAACCAUAUGCAUGUAAUCAGUGUGAUAAAACCUUUGCACAUCACAAUUAUCUCCGAAUACAUGAAAGAACACAUACUGGAGAGAAACCCUAUGAAUGUACUCAAUGUGGUAAAACCUUUGCACAUCACAGUAGCCUUCAAAUACAUAAAAGAACACAUGCGACAGGAAACCCUGUGAAUACAAGCACUGUGGUUAAACCUUUGCAUGUAACAGUAGUCUUCGAAGUCUUGAGACAAAAUCAUACUGGAGAGAAUCCCUAAACAAGUAGUCAGUAAAGUGGUAAAGUCUUUGCACUUCAUGGUAGUUUUCAUAAAAGAGAAAAAGCUUUAGCUUGUAAUCAAUCUGUGGACAAAAGCCCUAUGAAUUUAAACAAUAAGAUAACCCUUUUAGAUUUCACACUUCAAUAAGAUGAAAUAGCUCAUGUAGGUGUAAAACCUGGGUGUGAUUGUUCUGCACCCUUCAAGUCUUCCACUCUUGCCUUUUUUUGGCAAUUACAUGUAGCUGUCAGUGACAGCACUCUGCAGGCUCCCACUUGGUGGUCUCCACAUGAGCAUUAGCUCUUCUGUCCCCACCUGGUCAUCCCUGUAACCUGCCUGUCUGGUAGGAAUAAGGAUAUUCUAAAGAGACAUUUAUAUCUCUCCCAUUGGCUGGUGAAAUAGUACACCCCAUGAAAUUCUGAUUUCCCGGGAAUCUCAUUCUGGGCAAAGACUGAGUCCUUCAGAAGAAAACUUCUCUGCUGAAGAAACAUUUACUCCUUAUCUGAAUACCCUGUUCCAGAGAAAGCUGAGAAUUGGGAGGGAUUUGGGCAUGAGAAAAAUUUAUUUUAUGGCUUUAUGAGCUUUCUCAGUUGUGCAUAUCUCUUGCCUUCUAACUAAGGAUGGAUUGAUUACCUUAUAUCUUCAUAACUGUUCCAAAUUAGUCAUACUGAAUAAAUAUCAUGUUUUAAUUUUAA